AAUCCGCCCCCCGUGCGUCGCCGAGCUAUGGCGGAGGACCAGGAGGAGGACGCGCCCAUGCAAGACGCGCAGGAUCCUGAGGAGGAGCUUCCGGAGCUCUCGCUCGACAUCAUCGACCUCAUCAAGACGGCGCAGGCGCAGCACGGCCUCCGGCACGGCGACUACGGCCGGUACCGCUCGUACUGCUCGCGCCGGCUGCACCGGCUGCGUCGCGUGACGGGGUGCACGCACGGCAAGGGGCGGUACGUGAAGCGGCCGCUCGAGCCGGAGAGCGUGCGCGACGCGCGCCAGCUCAUGCUGCCGCUCUUUUGCGCCGAGCGCGCGUGGGCGUUUGCGAUGCAGCUCAAGCGCGAGAACACGCAGCAGGAGGCGCGGCCGCACUACCACCUGCUCGCGCGGCUGGCCAAGGCGGCGGAGUGGUCCGCCAAGCUGGCCGCGCUGUGCGCCGAGCGCGCCGACCAGCGGACCGACCUCGAGGCCAAGGCGUACUCGGCCUUCAUGCACGGCAACGUGGCGCUCGAGCGGGAGAACUGGGCGCCGGCGCUCGCGUCGUUCAAGUCGACCGCCACGAUCUGCACCGAGCUGGCGCGCGUGACGAUGGCCGAGCAGGCCGCGCUCUACAAGCAGGUGGCGGCCGAGGUGGAGCCGUCGAUCCGAUUCUGCUCGUACAACCUCCGACGGCUGGGCGGCGAGGAGGGGCGAGCGCAUCCCCCUCCGGACCGACAAGACGCGCCUCGGCUACUCGGCAGUCCAGCAGGCGCUCCUCGAGGUGCAGCGCUGCGAGGAGGGCGGCGGCAAGGAGGCGGGGGACAAGGCAGACAAGGGCGACGACUUGCUCGCGCUGUACGACAAGCUCUUCGUCGCGUGCAACGACGCGCUCGACUCGGUGCGGCUCGAGCUGCGCGAGACCAAGAAGCGCGAGCAGAGCGCGAAGUCGGGCGCGGCCGAGGCGAGCUUGCUCACGCUGCAGGCCGCGCUGCUGUGGCAAAAGCUGCACCACACGGUGCGCCGCAACCUCCUCCUCCUCGGACGGCUGCGCGAG